AUGUCAUCUAAUAUAUAUCUUUCCGCAACGAGUUCACGUACUAUGUCAAAUUAUUCCAUGACCACGAAUGAUCUUAGGCAAAAGUGUACUGUAUUGAGGGAACGGAUCGAAGUUAUAAAGAAAGAAGGUUCUGAAUUACUGGAAGAAAUUAUGAAAAAUGUCAGUGAAGAAGAAUUAGAACUAUGUUUACAAAACGUAGGAAAUUUAGAAGCUAAUCUGAAGAAUACAUACGAGACAGUGGAAGAACAAAACGACGAAAUCUUACGCAUAGUGAUAUCCCGUAUAGAAGAGUUAGAGGAUAGGCUGAGUGAAGUAGAGCUUCAGUUAAAGCUUCAAGCAAAUGAAACCAAAUUUUUUAGCUUUUAUAGAGAUUGGGUGAAAUAUUUUAUGAACAUGAUAAUAGAUAAGCUAGGAGAAAGAAAGUGGCGCCUGGCGGAUGUUGGGCUUGAUUUCAAGAGGAAAAACUUAGAGUUGACAAAAGAAGAAAAGGAAUCUAUUAAAGACUUGAAGGAUUUACUAAGUGAUGUUGGAAUGACAACCGAUGACAUGAAGCUAUUGCAAGAUGUGACUGAUAGAAGCAAUGCUAAGUUUCAUCGUAACAAUCAAACCUUAGAAGAAGCCAAAAUGAAACUUUGCGAUCCAGUUCCCGGAGACAUUCAAGUUUAUAAGCCUUCUUUACAUAAGGCCCUUGAAGCAAUUAGUAAAUGGCGCAAAUCAUAA